UGAACCAUUCAACAUUUUGAUCCGUUGUCUUCAACUAAAUCAAUAAUAAUCUACUGACCAGUAACUUUUUUUCAUAUCUCUUCAAGUGUGGAAUAGGAUGAUUUAAUAUAUUGCAGAUUCAAGCCGCUCAACCAUCCGCUUUUUCCCAUUUUCAUCAAAAGAUCCAUUUUGUUUAAGUUUUUCUGUCUUUCUCAAUAGAGGGCUUUUAUCCCUUGCAAAAUCAUCAGUAAGUGGGCAGGAUUUUCCCAGAAUUCCCAACUAGUCCAGCUCUCAGACUAGAAGCUCAACGCCCCUGAGCAAAGAGCAAAAGUCCACAUCCCUGGCUUGCGUUGCUGCACACCAGUCUGGAUCGAUGCCUCUAGAGUCUAGAGGAACAAAGAAAGAACAAGAAACGCCGACUUUAAGACUUUUGGAGUGUUGAGACUAGAAAAUGUCUUUAGCCGUCUCACUGCUCCUCGUCGCUCUGUGUGCUGGCGCAGGAUACGGCGAGGAGGGAACGCAGGCUCAGAAAGCUGGCCAUGUUUCUGUGGUCGUAGUCGGAGGAACUGGAGACCUGGCGAGGAAAUAUUUGUGGCAGGGAUUCUUUCAGCUGUAUGUGAGCCAGGUCAGUGGCGGAAACACCUUUUCUUUCUACGGGGGAGGCUUGUCCCCGUCUGAACAGGCCACGCCGGUCCUCUUUGAGAUCCUGAAGGCGGUCACCUGCUCCAAGGACGUUUCUCAGGACCGCUGCGCCAUCCUGAAGGACCAGUUCCUGCGGCUCUCGCAGUAUCGGCAGCUGAAGACUCUGGAGGACUACCAGGAGCUAGCCCGGCACAUCGAGCAGCAGCUCCAGCAGGAGGGAAUGACGGAGGCCGGACGCCUCUUUUACCUCUCGGUCCCGGCUUUCGCGUACGCAGGUGUUGCGGAGAAGAUCAACAGCAGCUGCAGGCCGGCCGACGGGACCUGGCUGAGGGUCGUCCUCGAGAAACCGUUCGGACACGACUACCUCAGUGCUCAGGUGUUGGCGACCGAGCUGAUGGGUGCAUUGAAGGAUGAAGAGAUGUACAGAAUCGACCACUACUUAGGGAAGCAGGUGGUGUCAAAGAUACUUCCAUUCAGGAUGGAGAACAGAAAGUUUUUGGACCCCAUCUGGAACAGGCAUCACAUUGAGAGGAUAGAGAUCAUUUUGAAGGAGACUCUGGAUGUUAAAGGUCGGAUUUCCUUCUACGACGAGUACGGAGUGAUCCGAGAUGUCCUGCAGAACCACCUGACUGAGGUCAUGACCCUGCUGACCAUGAAGCUUCCUGCCAAUGUGAGCAACAGUGGAGAAGUUCUUCGAAACAAGCGGGAGGUCCUCGGCUCCAUGCUGCCGUUGGGAAAGAAUCAGGCGGUCGUCGGACAGUACCAGAACUACAAAACCGAGGUCCAACAGGAGCUGAAUAAAACCAAAGAGUACGUCAGUCUGACGUCAACAUUUGCAGCCGUUCUGGCCCACAUCGAGGAUGCGCAGUACGAAGGCGUUCCUGUUCUUCUGGUCUCUGGGAAGAUGCUAGACGAAAGCGUCGGGUACGCGCGCGUCCUUUUCAAGAACGACGUCUUCUGCCUUCAGAGCCAUAACAACGUCCACUGCAAACCCAAACAGAUAGUUUUCCACUUCGGCCACGGCAGUCUCAAAUAUCCAGCGGUUCUGGUCAGCAAGAACUUAUUCAAACCAGUUCUGAAAGGCGGCGAGUGGAAGGAAGUGACGGAGCACAAAGACGUCGACGUUUUGGGUUUGCACAUUUCCGAUUACUUUGUGCAAACUCCGACAACAGAAAGGGAAGCAUACUCAGAGCUCAUCCAUCACAUUUUUGCUGGACAGAAGAAUAAUUUUGUCAGCACUGAAAACCUGCUGGCCUCCUGGGAAGUCUGGACUCCGCUCCUCAGCGCCCUGAGGGCGUCCUUCCCCCGGAUCUACCCCGGCGGCGCCGACAACGGAGACAUGCUGGACGUCCAUCUGAGGGGGAAGGAAAUCCGCUUCAACAGCGAGGCCGUGAUCAUCAGCCCAGAUCAGGCGGGAGGGCCGUCGGCCAGCAGCUUCCAGGUGAUGCAAGGGAAGUUUCGCGGCGCUGAGAUGGUGUCCGCCUGGUCGGAGGAGCUGGUGGAGCGGCUGGCCGCGGAUAUGCAGGAAGCAGCCGAGGCAGCCGUGCGGGAGGGCGGGAUCUUCCACCUGGCGCUCUCUGGGGGCUCCACUCCGCUCGCUCUGUUCCGCAGGCUGGUCCUGCACCACUUCUCCUUCCCCUGGAGAGACACGCACGUCUGGAUGGUGGACGAGCGCUGCGUCCCACUGACUGAGGCGGACUCCAACUUCCACAGCAUGCACAAACACCUGCUGCAACACGUGAGGAUACCGUACUACAACAUCCACCCCAUGCCGGUGCAGCUCAACCAGCGGCUCUGCGUGGAGGAGGACGGAGGAGCCCAGCUGUACGAGAAGGAGAUCAACAAACUCGUCAACGUCUCCAGCUUUCACUUUGUGCUGCUGGGCGUCGGAUACGACGGCCACACCGCUUCUCUGUUCCCCGGCGGGAAACUGAACGAGGCGGGAGGAAGUCUGGUGGCUCUCACAGAGAGCCCCAUCAAGCCCCAUCAGAGAAUGAGCCUCACCUUUAGCGCCAUCAACCGAGCUCGCACCGUCGCUCUGCUGGUGAUGGGCAAAGGCAAACAUGAGCUGGUCACCCAGCUGAGCCGAGUUAAGGACAACCUGGAGAAAUAUCCCGUCACCUGGGUGAAGCCAGAUAAUGGAAGGCUAGUUUGGUAUAUAGAUUAUGACGCACUUUUAGGAUAGGCGAUUAUGCACCGUAAAAACACAAACGCCAAGUAUUUUCAAACUGUUUUCUAAUGCAAAAUAUCUUUGUACGCCAGAAAUAAGACGGAAUUAACUUUUCAGCAAUAAAUAGGAGGUGGUUUUAAGUAAAUGAUUCCUAUUGAUGAAAAUGGUGGAAUAAAACAUUUGUCCUAUAUCAUAAGUUAAAAUGUCAUGUCCCAGUUAUAAAUAGCACUUCUGAAAAGUUACUUGUAAGUUAGUCUUGUCUUAUCUCAAAUGUGCCAAGACAUCAGCAUUAGAAACUAGAUCAAAAAUACUUGGUGAGAUUUUGUGUUUUUCUUCUGUUCAAUCAGAGAAUGCAGCUGCUUUAAUGGAAGUGGUGGUUAGGAAGCGACACCAAGGUGACCAGGAACUUCAGGUUUUUGCUUUAACCAUAAAUCACAUUUACUAAACAUUUCCUUGUUUGAGCUUAGGACAACACAGCUCCAGUCACAAGUUUAUGCAACAUCUUAUAAUUACCUAUUUUAACCAUUCUUUUGAUUGAUUUCUAAAAAUUGGGAUUUUUUUUUUCUAAACAUUUGUCCAAAUUUUACAUACCGGCUCAAAUAUAUACAUACACCAUAACUACUAUUUGAAGUGAUGCCUUAGAAAGUUACAGAGAAACCACUUUCUGCAGCCAUGAACUGGGCUGGAUGAUCAAUCUUCUUAUAUUUGACACUAAAAACACAUUUAAAUCAGUUGAUAUAAUGACACAGACCAGUGUCUUUAAACCUAUUUAAACCUUUCUUUCAGGUUUAGAGGCAUUCGAGCAGCUUACUGUUGGUUUCAUUCUCUAUUUCAUAAUCAGACUUAAUGUCUUUUAUGGUCUUUUUACUUCCAAUUAUGUCCAAAUUUCAGCCAUUGUUAAACUGAGGUGAAGUUGUUGAACCUGGAGGUUGUCCUGCUUCUACUUUGAGCCAUGCUCAAAUACCGCUAUCGUUGAAACAAACCCUCAGAAUGACGCUGUCACCGCCAUGCUUCACGGUCGGUACUGUGUUCUCCAUCAUCAAACAUUCUUUUUGUUUUAUGGCCAAAUACUGUUUUCUCCAGAAGUUUCCUGGUCGGAGCUGAAAAUUUCACUAAUUCCUGCAGGAUUAAGUUUUAGAUUCUGCAAAGAUACUAAAUGGUGUCCCAGUUUAUUACAGACGUGAGCCUUGAUUGAAUUUUCUGACCAAUUUUCUUUCCUCUGAGGCUGACAAUUUUCUCCAGUUCCUAACAAAAACAAACUUUCUAGAGCUGCAAAACCAACAACUCUUAUUAUAUAGGUAAGUCGUAUUAAAUUAAAGAAACACAAUCCUAUUUCUAAGAAACAAAAGUAAUUUUAUAGCAUUAUGAAGAUAUUUUUUAGAAGAAAUGUUUCAUAUUUAUGAAAAAUAAAGGAACAACAUAGUUUGCAGCCUAACAAAAAUAAGAUUAUGUUUUUGUAUCACUAGUGCCAUUCUGUGGUGGACAUUUUAUACAAAUGUUGCAUAAAAAAAGCUGAACAGCAGGUUUUUUUUCAUUACUUUAACAUUUAAAAACAUGGCUCCGUUCUUAAUCACUUUUGGCAAAGCUUGGACGACCACAUGUGCCAAAUGAACUGCGGUUUGCAGCCUCCAGGGUGGGAGGGUUGAAACAUGGACAAAACUGCAGAAAAAUGAUCCCAGUUGGACAAAAACAGAGCAGUUUUGGUUUGGCUAACGGAAAGUAACUUCAGGCAUGACACCAAAUUCAGCCCUGCUGGCACUGCAGCGACUAUAAUUAAACACCACAAUGGAAAAGGAGCUGUUCAAAUAAAUCUUUAAAAGACCCAAAUUGGUAACAUUUAUCUUCAUGCGAGUGUAUGUAAACUUCUGAUCUGCACUGCCAGUCAAACAAGUUUAUUAGAUCAGUGGAAAUCUACUAGGAUUUGGGUCAGUACAUUUCACUUUAAGAAGCCCUUUAGGCAACUAGUUAUGAGUUAUAAAUAAAGUGUGGUGAUAAAGUUAAGCUUUCAAACACAGCAGAGUGCCCAGUAUUUGCAGUUUACAGUUAAUGGCCAAAAACUUCUGGUUCUUUCCUAUCAAAAGGUGAAACAUUAUGUGAAAUCUGCGUGAGUGAAUGCAGUUGAAGAUUUGUUUCAUAGCGUUUAUGAAACGGUGUGAUCUGAGUGGAGAUGUAGACGAAUCACAGGAAUCCAAGUCUCCAGCUCGGAGCAGGAAGUUUGAAGCAUGUGAUGCUGUGAAAUCUGGUGCUUAGAGCCAAACAAACACAAGAGAGAUUUAUUUUAGACAGAAUCGGUGUGUUUGUUUGUGCAAGUCGUAGCAAAUCUCAGGUGUUUCUGCAGAUACUUGGUGGCAGGGUUACAAUGCAAUUAAGAAAAGUCUUAAAAUCGAGGUUUUCUAGCGUGAUGACGGUUAUUUGUGGUGCAGAGAUUUUUAAUCAGCAUAUCAAUAAACAUUCCUUUCAGGUUAUUUCUGUACAAUCUGCAGGUGAUUUUUAUUUUUUGAAACUUUUUCGUUUCAGACAGAAUUGAUUGUAUUUCAGUGAAUUGUUUAUGAAGUUUGCCUUGAGAGUUUUCUUUCAAUAAAAAUCUGAUUUAUUAU